GGGCUCCCGCGCAAACGCCUCCACAUCCUCCAGCCAUGGUGUAAGCUCCUCCCUCGUCAGAGCCUGGUGCUGUCCUAGCGCCUGAGCGCCCCGACUGCCAGGCGGCUGGGAGUGGGCCCGGCUCUCAGCCAUUGGUCGCGCGGCCCCUGAGGGCGGAGGGACGCCGCAGAGCCGGGCACAGCCAGGCGGGUGCCCACUCCCACUGAGCCCGCCGCCCGUGCGCUCUGAUCGCGUCCGCUCGCUCGCGGUGCAUUCCCUGGGACCGCCCGGCGGGCGCGCAGCUCCGAGGCUGGGCCGCCGCCCCACCCCAACGCCAGAGUCCAGAUCCGCAAGUCAGUGAGCCUGGGCACAAGCGUGGGGAAUUGAGACGUAGGGGGCAAGGAGCAAUGGCAGUGGGUUCGUCCCCAGAGAGGGCCGCCGGAUGCCCCACCUAGGGUGGCAGUGGGACCCCUUAGCUUUGGACUUCAUUCCCCCGUCUCUCCUGGGACUACUUGAGAUUUGGCUCCUUGCUGUGGAACACCUUUGAAUCUUUCCUUUUUGUAGCUGGACGCAUCCUUAGGGUCCUGAAGCAGGCCCUGCAACCCAGCUCUCAGGGUCUUAGGGACACACAGCCAGCUACAGCUGGAUCCACCUGGGGCCCAGUUUGCAAUGUCCUUGGCCCCUGAAUGACCUGCGUGGUUCCCUGCACGGGGAGUCAGGAAAGUCGGCCCUCCAGUCCACCGCGGCAAAGGGUCAUUUGUUCCUUCCUGGGGAGUCGCCACGCAGACAUUGACGGCUGGCAUUGCUCUGUGCUGUAUUCGCUUGAGUCCUUCUCACCUGUCUUCAGUGGCUGCAAAUCCGGAUAAGUUUUUCCCUGGCGCUGAGCACUCGGGUUCCCGGGCGGAGCUUUCUCUGGUCUCUGCGGACAGCUGAUCCCAAUGCUGCCUUUGUUUAAGGACCAAGACGUUUCACUGCGCUGAUGUUCCGGACUGCGAUCUCUGCUGCUGUCAUCAUGAAAAAGCAAUGCCAAUGCCAUCGAUCCUGAGCCCAGUGUGAAACUUUCGAGUGCACCUACUCACGCCUGCCUCCCCUGCUUGUAGAGAUGUCUGGGGCUGACCCUUCCUCUGCAUUUGCAGGGAGUGUGGAGAACGGAACCUUUCUGGAGCUGUUUCCCACGUCGCUGUCCACAUCUGUAGACCCGUCCUCGGGCCACCUGUCCAACGUCUACAUCUAUGUGUCCAUAUUCCUCAGCCUCCUCGCCUUCCUGCUUCUGCUGCUGAUCAUUGCUCUCCAGAGGCUGAAAAACAUCAUCUCCUCCAGUUCCUCCUACCCAGAGUACCCAAGUGAUGCUGGGAGCUCUUUCACCAAUUUGGAAGUCUGUAGCAUCUCCUCUCAAAGGUCUACGUUUUCAAACCUCUCAUCAUGAAGGAAAUGGAAGGACAGGCCAAGCGAUCAUGGCUUUGGUUUCUCCAGGCAGAAGGAGCUGCUGCUGCAUGAAAGAAAUGAUCACUCUGGUAGCUGUGUUUCCCGCUUUCAUGUUUUAUUUCUCUUCUGCUCAGGAUGUGUUCUGUUUGUGAGAGGAGGAGCCAAUGCUGACAGAAAUGUACGUAAACCUUGAGGUGUGGGAUUCCACCCAAAGUUCUUGGCCAGCCUGGAGGCUGGUCGGCACUGUGUUGGACACCACAGACUCAGCUGAGUGGACCUCUGGGGAUGCUGGGUAGAGGCUCUUCCAAAGCCCUGAGACUAACUAAGCCAGCAGAAAUGGAACAAAACAAGAAGGCUAAUAUUUUCUGUAUUUAAAAGAUAAGGCAGAGAUGAUAUAUAAGAGACGAGAGAGAGAAAGAGAAACUUAGAUUUCACACACACGUUUCCAAAUGGAGGUUAAAAUAGGCUAGAUGUUUUUCUUUAAUUUCACCUUAGCAAAUGUCACCCAUGAUGAGAAGUCAUUCGGGAACAUUCUGGGGGAGUCAAAAGCUUCAAUGGCACAAGGAAUGUGUGUCGUGAUGCAGCUUGCUCUGCGUUUCUGCUCCUGGGUUUUCUCUUGGCUCGUUUUGCAGUCCUAAUGCUCCCCAGCUCUCCGGAAUCCUUGGUGACAGUUGCUGCCGCUGUUACUAAACGAAGCUCAGAAGAGGCACAAUCUCCUCACUAUCUUUUCCAUCCAGUAGGAAUUAAACAUCGAGAACUCUCUGUUCAGUUGUAUUUCAUCUAGUAAUACUCUUAGCGGCUGUGUGAUCCUUCGCUGAGUUCGUCUCUAAAGCCUUACUACGGAAUAGCACUGUCUCUACGGAGGCAGGCAUAUUUGCUCCUGUUAGUUUGCAAACCUUAGGGACUAUAUUGCUAAUACUGUACCACACUCUGUGAACAUGACGAGCCUCUGAUAAUUUCUUUGUGUUGACAAAAUACUCUGCACUGAGGUUCUAGGGUGAGAGCUUAUACUAAAAGCUGCAGACAUUGCAACUGGGUCGCUGCAGAUCCUUCAGGGCUGCUGGAAGGUACUGCACUGAGGCCAGGCAUGGGUGUCCAUGCGACGAAGCAUGGCGGUAAGCACAAGCAUGGUAUGUAUAGUGUGUGCAGGGGAUCGGGCAAAGCCAACCACAGCUCCUUGUGGAUAGGAAUUUAAACCCAAAUUUUCAAAUAAACUAUCCACAGCCUGAACACUGAGUUGAGGACCCUUGAGUGCCACUGUGCCAAUAUACAAGUCUUUCUGGGACAAACCCUACUCAAAAUAUUUACUAAUCUUAAACACUGGAACUCCAACACAAAUCCCAGGUGGACUGUCAGGCUUUGCCAUGCAGAGGUUUGAAAAGGAAGAUCAAAAGUUGUUUUCUUUGUUUUGCUUUACAAUCAAAUCAGGACACAUUUAGCUGCUUAUAUAUUGAAACCAUUCACAGACAUAAUAGGACCGGUACAGAUGCUGCCCUCAAAUGUGCAGUGAAAAUCUUGCCUCUGCUGUCACUUAAAGUGUAGAAUCUUAGACUAGAGAAGUUCUCCCUUUGGGGUGGUUAUAACCAUUCUCUGAGUACCAUGGGCACAUGUAUAUGUGUAACUAUGUACACACAGUGUACACACACACAAACACACACACACACACACACACACACGUCUGCACGUGUUUCCAGGGAAAUGUUGUGUGACCACCAUCAGGAUUAUAGAAACACCUGUAAUGUCAUUUCGACACUUUUGAUUAUUCUUGUACUAUUUUGGUUCUGAGGUUACUGGGUAAAGAGAUCUUAAUAAACACAAAGACAAACAUCCCAUUUGACAGACAGCCUGGCUAGGUAUUGUCCUGUGGAGGUGAUGUUAUAUUCUUUUCUCCUGGAAUAGAUUCAAGGACUUUAGACAGGCAAACCACAUGAGUCAAAGCAGGCGUCCUCCCCGGCCACAUGAUUCUUUCUCCCUGUGGUAACUGGUUAAUUACCAGCAAGACUCAAAGAUGGAAAAUAGGUGUCACCACUACACACUGUACAAUCUGAGAUGAGUUUGCCUUGUUGAGAAAGUUCAGAGAGACUAGAGAGCAGGAAUAUGAAUAAAGAAAUGGAGUCUGUUGGAAACCUGGCUUCUUCUUUUGUUCAGCAAUUUACUCUCCCUAGAAAAGACACUUCACCUGAGAGUUCUAAGUAAUAGUUACAUAUUAGCCAUGUGAUAAAUGCCUAUGGGGACGGGAGAGAUGGCUCAGGGGAUAAAAGGGGUUUGCUACUCUUCCAUAGAACCAGA